ACGACCCCUUUUGCACCUGCUUUUGCUGUAAGCAUCCUCUCUUCUUAUCGACGACGACGACGAGCUGGCCUCUCCUCGACGACGAGCAUAAACACUUGCAGCACACGUCCUGGCGACGACAACAACAUAACACAAGAGUGCAGGCACUCUCUUCUUCUUCGACGAUCACUCACUCAGCUGUCACUCGACGCCUCUCUCUCCCCGCGACCCGCGCCCUCCCCUGCACGACAGCUCCUCGCUUCGCUGGCGAAGCAUCCUCCCCUCCCUCUUAAUACGACGACGGCGACGGCGACGACAACCCCUCGACUCGUCUUCCUCCAACCUCCCACCCGGCGCAGGACGCCAAACACCCACCCACCCGGCAGGCCCCCCCACGAUCCCUCAACACACACACGCCAGCACAAUGGCAAACAACAUCACCCCCGACUCGGCAGUCAAGCGCCAGCAGACUCCAGAGGGCACGCUGCACCUCGCGCCCACGGGCGCCGGCGCCGUCGGCGUCCCGCUCAGCGCUGUCCCCUCGGACGUGGUCGCGUACACUGGCGCCGGCGCGCAGGUCGGCACGCCGCUCAACCCCGCUGCGCCGACGCCCAACGUCGGCACGCCGCUCAAUGUCGGCGCGAGCGCCGGCACGCCCCUCCACUCGUCGGCGGCCGCACCGACGGCCACGGCGUGGAACCAGACCGCAUACGAGAUUCAGCACCAGGCAUACCUUGACAGUGUCACCCCGCGCAACCUCGUCAUUGCCUGCACGGCCCUCCUCGGCGCGCUCAUCCUCCUCUCGCACCCGCGCUUCCUCGCGCGCCUCUUCGCAUCCGUGCACCGCAAGAAGGCGGCGCGCGCAGAGGCCGCCGCGCGUCCCGCCUACGCCUUUGACAUGGAGACUGCCAAGGUGCUCGCGACCCACCAGCAGCUCCAGCUCCAGGAAACCCGCGAACGCGUCGUCGCCGGCGGCGACCUCGAUCGCGGAUGGGUCCUCAAAAAGGGCUCGGCUGGGCGCCGUGCGCACGUCGGCGGCGCGGACGCUGCGUUUGCCAGCGAAAACGACCUCGACCCCUUUGCGUCGGCAAGCCACGACCCAAACUCUCCAAUGAGCGUCAUGCUCUCGCCCCCGCCGCACAUUGCUGCGAUGGAGGGCCGCCUGCCGUUUGCGAGAUUCCUCGAGGCCGCCCCGUUCUCCCGCUUCCCGAGCUUUGCCGCCACCCGCGCAAACAUUGCGACCAUGGCCAUCAUCGUCGUCUAUCUCCUGUUCUGCAUCUUUGCCCUUGCUUACCAGUCGCGUGUGCUCCCGCCAAAGAAGGGACAUGGGUAUGGUAGCGACUUUCAGCGCUCUGGCCUCGUCGCCAUGUCCCAGAUCCCGAUCGCCAUCGCCCUCGGCGUCCGCGGCAACAUUAUCGGCCUCACCAUCGGCAAGGGCUACGACCGCCUCCGCAUCUUCCACAAGGUCGUCGGCCGCGUCGUCGUCCUCGCCUCGCUCCUCCACACGGUGCUCUACAUGCACAAGUUUUACAAGAUUGGCAAGCUCGCAAAGCUCUCACAACAGCCCAUCAUGAUCUACGGUUACGUCGCCUUCGCCGGCGCCUGCCUCUUGGUCGUGUCGUCGCUGCCCGUCUUCCGCCGCGUCAUGUACGGCACCUUCCAGAACUGCCACUUCAUCGGCGUUCUCGCCAUGCUCGUCGGCCUCGGCCUCCACGUCCCCGUCGCCAAGCCAUGGAUGAUCGCCUCGGCCGCCAUCUACGCCUUUUCCAUGGUCAUGUCCGCUUGCAAGACGCGCUUUGCCCGCGCCGAGCUCGUCGCUCUUGGCGGCUGCACCACCACCCUUAUCACGAUCCCCGAGCUCACCACUGGCUGGCGCGCGGGACAGCACGUCCGUCUCCGUGUCUUUGGCAUCGGCGUGUCAAGAGUGUUUGAGGCGCACCCCUUCACCAUUGCAUCGGCUCCCGACUCUGGCGGUCUCGUCCUCAUGGCCAAGGCCGUCGGUGACUGGACCGAGAAGCUGUACGAGCUUGCAGCCUCUGGCGAAGGUGCCCAGCGCGACACGUCGGAAGCCGAGAUGGGUGUUUGGAAGCGCCGCGCGACCGUCAUGAUUGAAGGUCCUUACGGCGGUCUCGGCCACACCCUCCCGACUUCAUUCUCCUCGCUCAUUCUCAUGGCUGGCGGCUCGGGCAUCUCGCACUCGCUCGCCCUCGCCCAGGACAUUAUCCAGCGCUCGCCUUCGGGUGUUGUCGCGGCCCGCACAGUCGAUCUCGUCUGGGUCGUGCGCGUCGAGCAGACGGCCCGCGCCAUUCUUCCGUCCAUCACCGCCCUCGUGUCUCAAGCCCGUGCAUGGGAGCGCAAGGCCCUCGCCGCGCGCAAGCGCCGCAAGGACGUUGCCAUGCCCACCGCUUUGCGCGUGCACAUCUUUGUCACCCGUGUUCCUCACUCGUCGCCCCUUACGCUUGUUCCCGGUGGAUACGAGCGCGCCACUCGUGAGAAGGAACCAAAGCUGCUUCCAUCGUCGCAUGGACACAGCGACAGCGGUCACAGCAGCGACAACGGUCACACGGUCGACGCGCACGCAUGGCGCAGCAACGACGGCCAUGGGUCGUCGGACGGCGGCCACGGCAACGACAUUGAGCUCGAGCGCUACGAGGACUGGUCGGAUGAGGGACACGGACACGUCAAUGUUGUUUACACUGAGGCCCAGAAUGCUCAGCGUGGACAGGUUGGUAACCCGUCGUCGACCGCCGCCGACCACAUGACGGCCUGGCCUGCUGGUGGUGCGGCGUCUCGCCCCGCUCCCGCCCCCGUCACUGCGGCUGAGAAGGAGCGCGCCGACUGGCUUGUCCGCAACGCGUCGAUUGCCAAGGUUGCCAUGCUGCGCUCGCGCCGCACCGACCCGAACCAGGCCAUGUCGAGCCUGACGGCGUACCGCGGCCGUCCCGAGGUGGCUUCCAUUCUCGGGUCAGUGAUCGACGAGAGCAUCAGUCGUCACGGUCGCGUCAUGACCGAGCCGAGCGGCGUGUUUGUGUCUGCAUGCGGUCCCGAGCACCUCGUCAACGACUCGCGUGAUGCGGUGCGCUCCGUCGCGCCAUGGAAGCGCACGGCAGUUGGUGGUGUCGACUUUGAGGCCGAGUUCUUCGGCUUCUAAGGCGUGGGCAUUCGAGAGGUUAGGAGAAGGAGGCGUUCAUGUGUAUGCGUUUUCGCUGCACCCUGGUGGCUGCUGUCAUUGCAUUGUUUGUAUCAUAUCAUGGAGUUUGUGAAUAAAGCGAGAG